ACCAGUGUCUUUGCCACUACCAGUAUUGGGGAUGCCGAGCUGUGGGAGCCAAGCCCAGGGCAGGGUGGGGGUGAGGGGGGCUGUGGCAGGUGUCAGGCCAUGAACGGGACCUACCCUUGGCUCUGGGCAGUGCUCGUGGACUUGGCUCUCACAUCAGCAGUCAUGAGCGGAGGUUGCAACUGCACGGAUCUACCAUGGCUGGGAAUCCCCUCCAUAGACAAGGCCUGGGGACUGUGGGCCCUCCUGGGGGCUGUGACGCUGCUGCUUCUCCUCUCACUGGCUGCACACUUCUCCCAGUGGAUCAGUGGCUGGGGCAGGGGCCAUCUGGGGCAGGGACGCUCUGGAGGGUCUGUGGAAGAGGUCCCCCUGUAUGGGAACCUGCAUUAUCUCCAGACAGGACGGCUGAAUCAAGAACCAGGGCCGGACCAGCAGGAUCCAACCCCUGGAGGCCCUGCCAGGGCUGCAGAGGAGGUGACGUGCUAUACCAGCCUGCAGCUUCGGCCUCCUCAGGGCCGGAUCCCCACCUCUGGGACUCCCAUCAAGUACUCAGAGGUGGUGCUGGACUCUGAGCCAAAGCCCCAGGCCUCGGGCCCCGAGCCAGAGCUCUACGCCUCAGUGUGUGCCCAGACACGCAGGGCCCGGGCUUCCUUCCCCGACCAGGCCUAUGCCAACAGCCAGCCUGCGGCCAGCUGAGACGGAGCCUGGCACAGCAGAGCACGCUGCCCAGCCCUCCCUGGAGCAGGGGCAUGACUGUUCCCCGACCAGCCCCCAAGGACAGGGCGCCAUUGCCUAGUCACAGGAUGCGACCUACCCUGAAUUUCCUAUCUGAGCUGUGAGGAGACAUCUUGGGCGAACUGUUUCUUGAGGAUGGAGGAGGCAACAGCAGUGGCCCCGUCCCCACCUCAUUUUUCUAUUUGUUCCUCUCAGCCCCCAAACUCCCCGGUUCUCACUUCCACCUCCUUCUGGAGUUUAACCAGAUCCUCCCCCACCCCAUAGUCUCCCCUGACACCCAGUGUCUCCUCAGGCACAGGAAGUGGGCAGUGGGGGAGGGGGUAAGAGCCUGAGAGGACGUGGGUGGGUAUAUCCCUUGGAAGCUCACAGGCUGGAGGGGUCUUGGAACCCAGAGACCUAAGGGACUCGAGCCUGGUUUCUGACCUGGGAACGCUGACAGGUCGUCAUCCUGCUGUCUCUGUCGUGUCCCCGAGUUUUCAAAUAAAACUUCUCAAAAAGUG